UAUCCCUAAGUGGGGUUACCGAGCCGCUACAACAACAACAACAAAACAACAACACCGCUAGAUAAUUACGCCCAAGUGUUUACAACGGUGUAUAUAGAUAACAAAAAUAAUGUAAACAAUUAAAAGUGGGUACUUCAACUUAACUAGCUAAAGAAGUGUGCCAUUAGUACCUAUUUGCUUGUUCAUAGAGGUAUAUGUUCUUUUUUGUUUAAAACGUUAAAUACAAAUAUGCUGACGUUGAAAAAAGUAUUGUUUUCACUGAUAUUUUGUUUCCUACUGUCUGUGAUUAGCGCAAAAGUUGAGACGAAAAAGGCCCAAAGCCUUCCAAAUGCAAUACAUUCUCAAGUAAAAAAUAUAACAGCUCCACAUAGCCCGACGAAGACUUGUGAUCUUCAGAAGAAAUGUGUUGUAAAUGAAACUACAGUACCUCUAUGUCUUUAUGAUGCCGACGAGGGUUGUAUAAGGAAAUAUGCAUCAAAAUGCCAUUUGGAUAUAGCAGCCUGCAAGGCAGGAAGGACACUUAAUGAUUACAACAACGAAUAUUGUGCCAUGGACACGUUUAUAUGUGAGGAGGGCUAUGAGCGUUGGACUAUAUUUUUUGGAUAUGAAAAGGCUUGAGUUUUCUAAACGGCAAAAGUCAGUUAAGUGAUAAGGAAAUAUUAUGAGUUACUCUAAUAAGUAAUUUACAUAUGUAUGUCUGCAUGUGUACACCUGUUCAAACAAAUGUAUGUGUGUUAAUGUAUGUAAGUGAAACAAUUUCAAUAACAGCUACAC